AUGGACCAAUAUUUCAUAGAGCUUUUGCUUGACCAGUUGGACCGAGGCAAUACAGUGAAUAAUGAAUUCAAUAGAAAGGCUUGGACAGAAAUGCUAGCCAUGUUUAAUGCUAAGUUUGGCCCUCAACAUACUAAACGGAUUUUAAGGCAUCGAUUCAGGAAACUUAUGAAAUAUUACUUUGUUAUAACAAAGAUUCUAAAAACACCAGGCUUUUCAUGGGAUACACAACAACAAAUGCUUGCAGCUGAUGAUGAUGAAUGGGAUGCUUAUGUCAAGCAACAUCCACAUGCACGAUGGUAUAGAUUGAAGACUUUUCCAAACUAUCAAGAUUUGGAAUUAAUAUUCAGAAAUUUGUCUGAUCUUGAAUUCAGUGAUUUGUAUCCGGAGAAAUACUACGGAGAUGUAGCAUCGGUAAUAAAGGCUGGUGACAGAGAAGGAAACCGUAACCCAAGUGUUACUGAUCGUACUAGAACAUAUUGGACACCUCCAAUGGAUCGUUGCCUCAUUGACUUGUUAUUAGAGCAGGUGAAAAAUGGAAAUAAACUUGGUCAGACAUUCAUUAGCAAGGCUUGGAAUGAUAUACUUAACUCUUUCAAUAAACAAUUUAAGUCUCAAUAUGACAAAGAUGUUCUGAAGAGUCGCUACAAAAAUUUGAGGAAACAGUUCUAUGAUGUAUUCAAUAUUCUUCGGCACAGUGGAUUUUCCUGGGAUGACAUAACGGAAAUGGUUGUUGCAGCGGAUCAUGUUUGGGAUGCUUAUAUAAAGGCACACCCUGAAGCGGGAUCAAUCAAAGUUAAGACCUUGCCUGGCUAUCGCAAAUUGUGUGUUAUAUUUGGCAAGGAAAGUCCUGAUAAAAUAUGCUUCAGUCUAUCACAUAAUGCAAACUCUGGUGUUGAAUCACCAAAGUUGCAAACAGGUUCAAUACUUUUAAAAUGUGAAGGUGAACGGAGGAAUUGCAAUGUUCCCAGUGUUUAUGAUGCUGCUUCUACAGUAGAGUGGACAGAGUCAUUGGAAUGCUAUUUUGUUGACCUUAUGGUUGAGCAAGUAAAUAGAGGGAAUAAGACUAGAAAUUCAUUCAAUGAGGAAGCUUGGACUCACAUGAUCGAAGCAUUUAGCUCUAAAUUUGGGCUCCAAUGUGACAAGCAGUUACUAGAAGAUCAAUAUUUCUGCUUGAUGAAACGGCAUGACAACAUGAGCAUUCUUUUCAGUCAUAAUGGAUAUGCAUGCGAUGAAAACCUGCAAAUCAUGCUUGCUCAGAAUAGUGUUUGGGAUUCAUACAUUAAGGACCACCCUGAAGCAAUCUUGUAG